UCCACUCUGUGUUGCCAAAAGCCCGCACGGCGACCUUCAAAUACCCCCCAGAGCCUUGGCGCCCGAACGUAAUCGUCUCAAUUCGCAACUUACAGGCAACAGCCUGUCUUCUUCUUCCCCUCGCGCGAGCCCCAACUCCCAGGAGGAACCCAUCCCCAAAUCCCCACCUCUCUCUCUCCACCGCGAAGCUCCCACCGCCUCUGCUCUUCUCUGCGGAAGCAACCGGCGACCGAUGGACCGGUUCCCCGACGGGCAUCACGUGCGGCUGCGCAGCCUCCUGCUCGGCACGUACCUCCACGCCGCCGACGACGGGAUCGGGGUCCGCCUCGACCCGGACCAGGCGUCGGUGAACGCCGCGUGGACGGUGCACCGGUACCAGGGAGAGGAUUAUGCCAUCGGCCACCUGCUACUGCACAGCGCCGCCUUCGGCCGCUACCUCGCCGCCACCGACUCGUGGGCGCCGUUUGGCCAGCGCGGCUCCCGCCUCGAGCUGCGCGAGUUCGACGAGCCUGAGGUGGGUGAGAUCAUGUGGGAGGCCAGGCCCCGGAAGCGGAACAACGCCGUCCUUCUCCGUCACGUCAGCGACCGCCUACUCCGCGCCAACGGGGGACGACUCUUCAACUGGAACAGCGGCGUCACCGUCGACAAAAUCGAAAACCUGAGCGCGAUGAAUCGGUGGGUUGUGGAGCCUAUCCCGCCCCUUCAGGCUUAUCCUGGCGUUCCAAAUCCGAUUGCGGAACCCCUUUCCAGUCGCAAGUUCAUGUGCUUACCGCUCGAGCGCGAGCCGCCGCCGGUGCGGGUGAUCCGGUUCCAGCGGGCGAACGCCGACGGGACGUUCAACGAGGACGGCUGGACCGAGUUCCAGUUCAGGGGCAACUCCAGCUACCUCCUGAGGUUAGAGCUGCUCGUCCGUCUGGACAUCGUCGACUUCAUCAUGUGCGUGCGAGCGGGCCGCUACGGGCGGCUCACCCCGAUGCUCGCCAACCUGCCAAGCGGCACGGGCGACACCCUCGACAUCGUCGCCAUCCACUCCCUGUCGCCAGGCGCAGAUGAGCUGCGCUACCCGGACAUGGACACGGCACCGGACAUGGACGCGGCACCGGACAUUGACACGGAACCGGACGUGGACGCGGAAACGGACGUGGACGCGGCCUAGAUGAGAUCAGCACAGGACUCCUGACAGACGCCUCACAGUUCACCUUCUUCAGAAGUGUUACCGCCUCGGACACGACAUCAUGAGAAUUCAGAAAUUUUGCAUAGAGAUAUAGGUUCAGAAAAACUCAGCAGCUCUUGUGUUUCUGCUAGCUAUAAACUUGAUCUGUUCUCCUGACAGGCAGGACCUGUUUGCUUCGGCUGCGCAGUUCUAAAAUUCAGAACUGUUGAAGGGGUUAAGUAGAAUGGCUGAACAGUUAUGAAGUGACAGUGGUUGUAAUGGUUGCUCUUAUUCUGGCAACUACUUUUUGAUAGCUAG